GCCCCAUAUGCCCACUGCCUCUUCCUGCAUGAGGGCUGGCCACUGUGCCUUCGGGAUGAAGUUGUGGUCCACCUAGCACCACUCAGCCCCCUCCUUCUGCGUCAGGGUGACUUUUACCUCCAAGUGGAGCCCCGGAAGGAGCAGUCAGUCUGCAUGACACUUAAAUGUCUCUCCUCGGACCUCCGCAAGGUGGAUAAGAAGUCCAUUCCUGAGUCUUCCUACUCUGUGCUCUUCACGCCAGAAUGGUUGGAGGCCAUCAACAGCAACUUUAAGGGAUGUCCCCUACACAACUGUCUGGUGGCUUCAGAGAAUGGGAUCAUCACUGUACCUUGGACCAGGAUCAUCAACCCAGAGUUUGUAGAUGAUAGACCCCCAGCAGUGAAUGUACCUUUGGCUGCCGAGGAGUCCUGUCCCCUAGAGGCACCCCAUCUGAGCAGCCCUCAAGAGCCAUACCAGGCCAGCUCCCCAGACAGCAUGGGGUCUGUGUCCUGGAGUUGGGAUAAGGGAAAAGGGAGGGUGUCCGGGGACAAGUAUCCAGGGCUGAUCAAGGUGGAGCCAGGCAGACCUGGGGAGAGGGCCUUCAGGAUGGACAGGGAGGCCAGCCAGGACCUAGAGGGGGACUAUGUGGCUCUCCUGGGCUUCUCCCAAGAGUGUAGAGGGGUAUCUGCCAGCAGGGAGAUGGUGACACUCAGGGAGGGCACAGUGGAGUCAUCGGAGGACAGAUCAGGAACUAAAGGGAUGGCUCUGCCUGGAAGAGUCCUGCCUCUCCCAGGAUCCCCUGGGGGACCUCCCUUGACAAGACGGACAUGUACAAAACCAGCAGGCUCAGGGGAGGGACUCUGCACUGGAGGCUUAAGGAGAAAAGCAAGACACAAAGCACGUGUUUAUAUGGCAGAGCAACAGCCCCAGCAAUCCCACCUUGAUGACCCUGAGAUACUAGACUGUGCCUCUGGCCAGGUGGCAGACAUUGAAGAAGAGUCAGCAGCCUCCAAGAUGCAAGGGCCUCUGGGAAUGCCAGAAGCCAUGGUCCAGCAGAGAACUGGGCCAAGACAAGCAUCCUCUCCUCGCCUGUCCCCAGCUGCCCCGGCAGCCUCUGCUUCUCAGACAAAAACAGAGGAGACCAUACCAGGACAUGGUAGAGCUUCCAAGUCCACAGCGUGCCUUAGUAGAAACACAUCCUCCCGUGGGUCCCCUAUUCCUGGGCUCCAGUUCCCCUUUUUUAAAGGACAGAGGCCAUCCCCUGAGAAGGCACUGCCCCAGCAUGCUGGGCCUUGGAAGGCCCUGUGUUCACUCGACUUUCCGCAGUCCUGCAAAACCCAGGCCCCAGGGAAAGAUGGAACAACUCACCCCAGAACAUUUGGUCCCACCGCUGACUCAGGCCCACUAUCUGGGGAGCAGGCUGGCUUCGGGAAAGCUUCUGCAGGCCCUCCAGGAAGAGGACUCAGCUUGGAGGAGCGCUCUGGGCCUAAGCCCAAAAUUGGAGUUCUGGGAGCUGAGCUUCUCUGCUCUGGGAUAGCCUGCCUACCAGGUGGUCGGGACAGGGUAGGGCGGCCCUUGCUGCUGGUGUCCACUGGGGAGGAAGCCUGGGAGGCACCAUGGUGCACAGCCUCGGCCAUCACAGAGCUGCUGUCGUAUCUGUGCAGCGUCCCCAGGUAA